ACCCUGCUACUAAUAAAGAUGUUCACUUCUUAAAAUAUCCUAUAUACGUAGGUGGAAAUAGGGGAAGGGGUCAGAUUUAUCCUGAUGGUAGCAAAAGUAACAAUACAGUUUAUAAUGCUACGGCAGGAGGGAUAAUAAGCAACAUUUUACGAAAAGAAAAAGGGGGAUACGAAAUAACCAUAGUGGAUGCAUCGAAUGAACGCCAAGUAAUUGAUAUUAUCCCUCGAGGCCUAGAACUUCUUGUUUCAGAGGGCGAAUCCAUUAAACUCGAUCAACCAUUAACGAGUAAUCCUAAU